AUGCUGUUCCGGACGGCGUUUGCGCUUGGCGUCUUAUUGGCGUUUGGCGACGCCCUGUCGCGGCAAAAGAGAAUCGUCGGCGGAUAUCCUUCGCUGCUGCCGGAAUCCGACGGUUUCAACGUCAGCCAACCAUCCGGUAAUUACGGUAAUUCCCAGAAUAAUGAGAAUACCGUGGUACAAGUGCAAGACGACUACCGGUCUGCCACGGUCACCGGUGUCGAGGAACCCGAAGGCUAUCAAGCGUACAAAGGCAUCAGGUACGCCGAACCACCCGUGGGAAGACUCAGGUUUCAGCGACCGUCUUUUCUUCGUCUUUCUGGAGAAAUCGACGCCACCAAAUUUGGAUCUCCUUGCCCACAGUUGAGUUCUGAUGGCAGUGGACUAGUUGGAAGUGAAGAUUGUUUAUUUCUCAAUGUGUUCACUCCGUUGAAAAAACCCAAGAACUCAAAUAUCCCAGUAUUGAUUUGGAUACACGGAGGAGGUUUCUUUAGCGGUUCGGCUUUACAAUAUGGACCUGCCCAUUUAGUGAAAAAUAAUAUUAUUGUAGUUACAAUACAAUACAGACUUGGAUCAUUAGGUUGGCUUACAAGUAAUUUAAAACAACUCCCUGGAAAUGUUGGAUUGUUUGACAUGAGUGCUGCUGUCCAAUGGGUUAAAGAUUAUAUUAAUUAUUUUAACGGAGAUCCAGAAAGAAUCGUUGUAUCUGGUCAAGGUAGUGCAGCUAGUGCUGUAACAUUACUGACAAUGUCAGAUUUUACAAAAGGAAUGAUAAGUGGAAUUGUUGCAAUGAGUGGUAGCCCACUGUCUGCAUUUGCAGUAGACCCUGCGCCAAAACAAACAUAUCAAAAUAUGACUACUUUACUAGGAUGUGAUCAAUCUGUACCAUUAGAAGCAAUUCGAUGUUUGCAAAUGUUAUCAAUCCAAACCAUUAUUAACUCUGACUUUAAAUACCAGAAUACAAAAUUAGGAAAAGAAGGAUACUUAACUGGAUUGGGUAGUUUGUUAAAUGUUGGUCCUACUGUGGAAGGUAGCAAUGAUGGCCGUUUUUUGCCAAAUUUCAUCCUAGAUUCACCACUACGUUUAUUGAAGAAACACAAAUCACCGAAAAUCCCAAUACUUACUGGUGUUAAUAAGUUAGAAACUAAAUCAGGAAUUUUGGGAAAAUACCGAAAUCAAGUAAUAGACAAUUUGAACAAAAUACCGGAGUAUAUUAAUAAAGUAUUACCACAGAAAGUGCUCACUACUAACACAGGUUUAUUCAAAGACGGAAGUGUAAAUAAUGCUCUAAAAAACUUAUUUGAGAAUAUUGAUUACUUAAAUUUAUUCCCAACAAAACUUGAAACUGGGGUUAAAGAGAUUACAAAAGUAAUGCAGGUGUACAACUGGACGCAAUUAUUCAACUGCCGGCAGUCUUACAUCAGCAUUUAUGGUCAAAACGGUAGCAGUGCAUACUUUAUAGUUUUGAACAUAAACCAGUAUUAA